CUUCAUUUCAGGAAACUGUUUGAUUGGCCACCGCUCUCAACGCAACGGGUGCGAUCUUUCAGUUGUGUAUUGCUUAUAUGUGCUCAUAUGCACACAUUUUUACAUGUAUUUACGCUUUUGCAUUUGCGUAUGAAUUAUUUUUCAAGUCGAUAAGGGCGAAAGACAAUACAGAAAAUGAAAUUUUCAGGAAAAAUGGAAACUUCCCAAAUUAUGUAGUGUAAAAUUAAGAAAAUGAAAUUUAUCUACCAAAAAACCGCAACAGAAUGGACAAAAAAAGGAGCAUAGUUAAGAAGCCAGAGAGGGGGAGCUUCCUGCUGGAUCACAACAGUGAAUGCACACCAAUAAAAAAUGAUUAUUUAAAAUGCUUAAAGGAGCACAAUAAUGAUCACGUUAGUUGCAGAGAAUAUUCCAAAGAAUAUUUUAUUUGCCGAAUGGACAAAAAUUUACUGGAAAGGCAAAGUUUAAACGAUUUGGGCUUUUCUGAAAAUGAAACAAAUCAUGAGAGCCGCAUAAAACACUUCAAGGAUGUGUACAGUUACAACGUGUAUAAUGAAACAAUGGAGAGUUUUCCAAAGGGGCGGGCGCUUAAAAGGACUGACACCGCGAGUGGUGCAGUUUUUGUAGAGGAGAAACUUACGCAAGGGAAGCGAGACAAUAAAGCGGAUAUGAAACCAGCAAGAGGAGACGAUUUCUUGCUUUUAAAUCUUCGUAACGAUAAGGAAGGUGAACAAAAAAUAAAUGGAAAAGUGUUCGAAAUUACGCAAGAAAAAAAAAUUGCAGUAAAACGGAAGGAGGAAGAAGGUUAUUUGGCUGGAAAGGAGUACAUAAAAACUUUGGUGGAAAAAAAAAAAAGACACCCCCUUUUUUCGUAUAAUAUAUUUAAGAGUAGUAACACAUGA